UCUGCAGAGCCUUCCCCACCAGGCCUUCGCUCUUUGGUUCCUUGAGUUAGGCCGGUUGUUUGCCAUUGCCCAGGCCGCAGUUCCCGCCGCGGGGACUCGCUCUGCGCUGCCUGGCCCCCGCUACCUCGCUCGGUGCGUCCCUGAUGGUGCGACUAGAUUUGGACGCCUAGACCUUUGGAGAGAACUUAAGAAGAUUUUCUUCAUGUGCAUGACAUAGAAGAUGAAUUCUUCCUCCUCCACCAUGAAUGAAGAACCUGAUGCUCUAUCAGUAGUUAACCAGCUACGAGAUCUAGCAGCAGAUCCAUUAAAUAGAAGAGCCAUUGUCCAGGAUCAGGGAUGUCUGCCUGGCCUUAUUUUAUUUAUGGACCAUCCCAACGCCCCUGUUGUCCACUCAGCUUUGCUUGCUCUUCGAUACUUGGCAGAGUGUCGUGCAAACAGAGAAAAGAUGAAGGGAGAACUGGGUAUGAUGUUAAGCUUACAAAAUGUUAUACAGAAGACUACAACUCCAGGAGAAACAAAACUCCUGGCCUCUGAAAUCUAUGACAUUCUUCAGUCCUCCAACAUGGCAGAUGGUGAUAGUUUUAAUGAAAUGAAUUCUCGUCGAAGGAAAGCUCAGUUUUUUCUGGGAACUACAAACAAACGUGCCAAAACAGUGGUUUUGCAUAUAGAUGGUCUUGAUGAUACGUCUCGGCGAAAUCUUUGUGAAGAGGCUUUGUUAAAAAUUAAAGGUGUCAUCAGCUUUACUUUUCAAAUGGCUGUUCAAAGAUGUGUGGUGCGAAUCCGUUCAGAUUUGAAAGCAGAGGCUUUGGCAUCAGCAAUAGCAUCAACCAAGGUCAUGAAAGCUCAGCAAGUUGUCAAAAGUGAAAGCGGGGAAGAGAUGCUAGUCCCAUUCCAAGAUACUCCUGUGGAAGUAGAAGAGAAUACAGAGCUGCCGGACUACCUGCCUGAGGAUGAGAGUCCCACAAAGGAGCAGGACAAAGCAGUAUCCCGAGUUGGCUCACACCCAGAAGGUGGAGCUAGCUGGUUAAGCACAGCAGCAAACUUUUUAUCCAGAUCAUUUUACUGGUGACUUCAACUUCAGUUUUGGGCUCAAGGACUAUCUGAACCAACAAGGGUCCAGUUUUCCAUUGUUGUGGUGAACUGUCAAGUGCAAUUUGCAAUAAGUUAUCAUGAAAAGUUUUUAGAUUACAAAAUUGCGUAUGCUGCAUUUUACAUUUUAUCCCACUGAGUGGUAAAAAGAAAAAGUCGGAGGCUGCAGGUGAAAUAUGUUUAUGAAGGUAUUUUGGUUUUGUCUUCCUUUGUUUAAUUGCCUCACGUUUAUAAAUGAAAAACAUGGGUCCACUGUUAAUACCAAACCUGUAUGUGCAGCUUUAUAUUUUAUUUUACAUGAAGCACGUAAUUAGGAAGACUCAUUUUCUCCUCAAGCCUCAGGAUCUUUCUGAAGAGAAGUUUUAUCAGAGCUCAAGUUGUGCAUGAAUUACUGAACAUUUUUCUCUGUUUUUCUUCAUGAAUGGUACAUGCUUUGGUAUUCUUCACUGAAAGUUGAAAGCAUUUCUUGCCCUUCCUUUCCCCAAUACCUAUCCAUCUGUGCCUUUUUUAUUUUGCCAACCAUGUUUAUAGAAAGGACAUUACUAAUGACAUUUUGCAAAUUGAAAUAUGUUUGAUCUUAACAGUCCCUUAAAAAACAACUCUACAAAAAAAAUCUUUGCAAUCUUAUUUAUUCUAAUUUUAAUAAGGUUAACAAAGAAACAGUUAAGAUGGAGGAAACGUGUAGUAGCAAAGUGCUUUUGGAACUGUUUGAAUGUGACCAAAUUGGUUCUAGUUGACUCCUGUUCACCUUGGUCUAUAUCAGCUCUUGAGUGUGAAGUCCACCAUGUUAUUGUAAGUGCUCUCUUGACCUUUGUGAUUACAUACUAGGUCCUGCUAGAAGAAAAUAAUAGAAGCAAAGAACUGACAGACUUGAAAAAAGAAAACAAAAAUGCCUAUAAAGCCAUAGUGCCACUCUUGGUAGAGUCUGACUAUAAAAUACAAAUUACCUGGCAACAGCCAGUUCAAUAAGUGUUUCUCUACAUUGCCUUUUGUGAUUUAUUAUGAAAAUACUGCAGUUGUACUGAAUGAAAAAAAAAGAUCCAAAUUAUUGCUUAUAAGGAAAUCAGCAUUGGUCAUUUAAUCUUGUUUCUCAUGUCUAAAUCAGAAAACUACUUCAGUGAAGGUAAGAAACAACUUUCUCGCUAUGUAUGUAUGUACACACACAGACACAGACACACACAGACACACACACACACACACACACACACACACACACACACACACACACACACACACACACACACACACGUGGGGUAUUUUUUCCUGAUAAGUCAGAGCAAAUCACAUGUAAGUAAUGCUUUGUUACAAGUUAUAAAAUAUUUGACAGCUAAGAUUUUUUUUUUUGGAAACUUGGCUAAAUCCAGAUAUGUUUUAAUUUUAAAAACUAAUAGGGAAAAAUUGAAACUCAUUUUCAUCACCAUGUACAGCUGCUAUUUUACUACUUGGAAAUGUGAAGUGAAAAUUGGACCCUGGAGGGUUUCUUUGCUUCUCUUUUAGAGAAAAUUUAAAGCAUCCAGUGUUACUGGAGAAAAGUAAUUGUAAAAUAUUAUCAUCAAUAAGAAUCUUGAUUUCACUAAUGUUUGAUCUUCUGAAGGGAGAGGUAUUGAGGGUCUCAAGAACAAUAUUUUUUUCAUGUGUCUGGUCUCUAAUUCAAGUGAUACGCACAAACGAAAUAUAAGCUUUCAGGGCACAUAUUGCUUUAAAUGCAUAGUACUACUUGCUGCCAGACCAGAUGUAUUGGAAAAACAAAACAAAACCACCUCCUUUCUAUAACCAUUAAAGUGACGUUUACUUUCUGUUUUAACAAGUUUUUAUUUUAUCUUGCCACACAUCUGCUUAUUUAAAAAAAAAACAAACUAUAACCUUUUGGUAGUAAUGGUUAAGUACAAGUAGGCAUUUCAGCUUGAUGUUUAUGUGUUCUGAUUCUAAGUGUUUUUUUUUUCCAGGUCUUAUAGAGCAGUUAAGGCAACUAUAAUGGCAUUUUUUGAAAUAUAUUGUAAAAUAAAAAGUAACAUAUUAAAAGCUAAAUGGAUAUUCA